UCGUGUGAAAUGGUCCCCCACCGCUGUGUGGGCUCCUUAAUUGGCCCCGUGAGAGCCACGUCGACCGCUUUUUCUCAGCUGGGCACCAGCUGCCAAUCAAACAGCAUCUUUAUAAGUCACCACCCAAGCUGCACAAUCGUUUCUUGGAAUAAAUCCACAGACAGACAGACGCUCCCCCGAGAUCACUGCCGAUCGAUACGACAACAGUCAAUUGGUUUGAUUAAUGAAAUAAUAAUCAUAAAUACAGGCUCAUUUUUCUUGCUUUCUUUUUGUCAUUUAUAACUAUUUUCACUUUGUCUCUUUUUUGGGGAGAGGGAAGAGAUGAACAAACUGUCUGGGAACAAUUCGACGGUGAUGAACAGCUCCUUAAGCAAGUGGUCGUUUAACGAUGGUGGCUCCUUCCAACAUUUGGACCCCGGCGAGUUGAGGGUUCUGGUGCCGGCGGUCCUGGGCAUCAUUUGCGUCCUGGGCUUGGCUUGUAAUUUAACCGCCAUGGCCAUCUUGUUGUCCAAUGCCCACAAAGGCAAACUGUCUCUCAUCAACUCACUCAUCUUCAACCUGACGUUCGCCGACGGCCUGGUGCUGCUCUUCAGCGUGCCCUUCAGGGCCGCCUCCUACUCCAAAGCCAGCUGGACACUGGGCUUGGUCGUGUGCAAGACGUCCGACUGGUUCUUACACUCGUGCAUGGCGGCCAAGAGUUUCUCGGUGGCCGUCAUGGCCAAAGCCUGCUACCACUACGUGUCCAACCCGACCAAGCAGGUGAGCAUCCGCCUGAGUUCCAUCCUGGUGGCACUGUUCUUCAUCUGGCUGUCGGCUUGCGCCGCUCCGAUCCCUCAUUGGCUCUUUGCCAGGCUGCAACAGGGGCUACACGGGCUCAUGUGCGUGCUGCGGGUCCCCCCCGAAGCAUGGGACUUCAUGUCUGUGUACAUAAAGGCUUACCCGCUGGGUGUCUACUGCGCCCCCCUCAGCUUUUCCCUCAUGUACUUCUGGAAGGCUUACGGCCAAUGCCAGCGCCGCUCCAGUAAGACUCAGAAUCUGCGCACACAGAUCAGGUCCAGGAAGCUCACCUUGAUGCUCUUCAAUCUCACCUUAGCCACUGGCAUCCUCUGGCUGCCGCAGUGGGUGGUGUGGGUUUGGGAGCGCCACUCGGCAGCCGGUGGAUCGCAGAGCUCCAUCUCUUCCCCGCCUCUUCUCAUCACCCUCUCGGCUCAGAUGCUCACCUUGUCGCUGUCCCUCGUCAACCCUCUCAUCGUGCUCUCCCUCUCAGAAGAGUUCCGGGAGGGCUACCGUGACCUGUGGAGACGCCUCACCCUGCGCAAGCAACCUCCUUCCAAGAUCAAACCCGGACCUCACAAACCCACCUCGCUCCAGUCGCCUUGUCCCAGACCGGAGACGUCCGGCCAGCAGAGGGAAGAGAGGAGUCUCGGAUCAUCAAGCACCAAGCCGGGAACCAGCAGAGAUGAGCAGCUGGAGCACGGCACAGCCAGGGGAGGCGACGUCGACAAAGAUGGUCUCGUCUUGCCCGACGUGGAGCAGUUCUGGCACGAGAGGGAGUCCGGAUCACAUUUGGAUGAAAAUGACCCGGUGCCGUGGGAGCAUCAGGACCACCAGGAGACGAAUUAACAACCAGCUAUCCCUCCGAAUGAUCCCUGUGACACUUUCAUUCUUUUCAUGAAUUGAAUUCUGUGCUCAUCUUUUGGAGAUAACUAAAUGUACCGUAGUAUUAUCUGUGAAACACAUCCUUUUCAUUGUUUGCUUGAAAAAUGUAAAACUGCGUGUAAAGUAGACAGUUAAGCCCACAAUUGUUCAGAUCAGGUCCUGUUUUAAUUUAACUGAGUCUUUUGCCACUUUCUUGUACCCAGCUGAAAGAUGUCCGUUCAACAAAUAAAAAUAUUGAUUCAGGGCUUAACUGUACAAUAGACCUCGUGUGUAAUUUGCCCGCAAUGAAUGCUGUUAUUAAAGUGCAGCUUUUUUGAAGAAUACACAGAGAAAAAAAUGUUAGUUUGUUCUGUUUGGUAUUGACCUUGCUGCUGUUGGAUGUUAAUAGUCAUUAGAAGGAGUAGUAUUUUGCAAUGUAUUGCGCUUGUGGAGGCUCUGUGAUUCCAGGCAUGUUAUAUUUGCAUUUAUGUAUGUACAAGUGACCAGCAUUUAGAAUAAAGUCAUCCUUAA